UUUGCCAUACUUAUAAUUUGAAUAAUUUGAUCUAAGUAGUAUCAAUUAAUAAAAAUACAUGCAGUAGUACAAAUACCCUAAACUAAAUAAUACAGUUAAUUUACAGUAAAUUGGUCAUGCAUUUGAUGUAGUUGUCUUUGGGCUUUCCUCAAAGCUCCAGUGUGUAAUAUUUUAGAGGGUUUAUUGGCACAAAUUAAAUAUAUGAGGACACUCUGCCGUCUCAUCAUUUGUGUCACUAUCUUUUACACAAUGCAGACCCAGCAUUGUUUAAGUAUUUACAAUUUACAAGGAAGAGACCUGAGUACAUACUGUUGCGUUCUGCACCAAAGACCCACCCCAUGUUUUGUAAUCUAUGGGAUGUUACAUUUGUCUCAUCAGUAGCAGACACAUGGCUCCUCUUGUCCUCUGUCUUAAGAGAGAGAAAGCAAGGCCUCCCACUUUUCCUUUCUGCUUGUCAAGGACAGCUGACUACAGAGCAGAGUGAGUGAGUGUGGGCUCUAAACAUAACAUCCUCUGUGGUCUCACUGGUCACAGAUUAGUGAGGAGUCAUGUUUCGCAGGACAUUUUUGAUGUGUUUCUUCAACGUAGACUGGGAUGUGCUGAGGUCAAAGAUUUCACAUAUGGACGCUGUGAUCCGCCGGUGCCCUUUUCUUACCCUGGCUCCCAGUGUUUACCUGCAGAUGGCCGGAAAGUCAUCACUGGUGAACUUUGCCCAAAGGUGCCCUGUGAUGAUGGACCUGGCCUCCAAACAUCUGGCCAGAUCUCUGUCAUCUGCAACAUCUGUGUCCAGAGAUACUUCAAAGCACGAGGAUCAAAGUUUGCAUCAAGGACACACUUCACCACCUUCUGGCCAGGCUGCAUCCUCCAAGUGUCCUUUCCUAGCAACAGAGAUGGUGGAGAAAAACUGUAGUUUAGUAAGAAAAGCCAGCAUGGAGCUACAGGAGGACGUAAAACAGAUGCAAUCUAUCCGAACAGGGAAAAUUGGUGUAAAGGUAUCAGCUUUGGAUCUUAUCGAGGCGGAAAAGGCUGACAAAGAGGCACCAGAAAGCUUUUUUAAACCAAUACCUUCCAAAGUGUCUCACCUAUUAAAGGAUAAUCUGCCUGAAGUUGUCACAUUCCAGUAUGACAAGUUUUUUGAAAAGAAGAUUGAAAGUAAGAAGGCGGAUCACACAUACAGGGUUUUUAAGACGGUGAACAGGCGUGCCCCCUUGUUCCCUAUGGCAGAUGACUACACAGAAUCUUUCUAUGCAAAGAAAGACGUGUCCGUGUGGUGCAGCAAUGACUACCUUGGCAUGAGCCGUCACCCUGCGGUCACCCAGGCUAUUCUUGAGACCGUUCAGAAGCACGGUGCCGGUGCUGGAGGCACACGAAACAUUUCAGGGACGAGUCAGUUCCAUGUGGAGCUUGAGCAGGAGCUGGCUGACCUGCAUAGCAAGGAUGCUGCACUGCUUUUCACCUCCUGCUUUGUAGCCAAUGACUCCACUUUGUUUACUCUGGCAAAAAUGCUGCCAGGUUGUGAAAUCUACUCUGACGCCGGCAACCAUGCCUCAAUGAUCCAGGGUAUAAGAAACAGUGGAGUUAAGAAAUUUGUUUUCCGUCACAAUGACAUCAACCACUUGCAAGAGCUGCUUGAGAAGUCUGACGCCUCAACUCCAAAGAUUGUUGCUUUUGAGACGGUGCACUCAAUGGAUGGAGCUGUGUGCCCACUAGAGGAAAUGUGCGACAUUGCCCACAGGUUCGGCGCUCUCACCUUUGUGGAUGAGGUGCAUGCUGUGGGCCUGUAUGGGCCCAGAGGAGGAGGGAUUGGAGACAGAGACAGAGUCAUGCACAAGAUGGACAUCAUCUCUGGCACCCUUGGCAAAGCCUUCGGCUGCAUGGGUGGUUACAUUGCCAGCACCAGCGCUCUGGUGGACACAGUGCGCUCCUACGCCGCGGGCUUCAUCUUCACCACCUCCCUGCCUCCCAUGCUGCUCGCAGGGGCGAAGGAAUCUGUCAAGAUCCUGAAGAGUGAAGAAGGCCAGGUUCUCAGGAGGAAACACCAGAGGAGCGUCAAGCUGCUCAGGCAGAUGCUGAUGGACUCGGGUCUUCCGGUCGUCCACUGCCCAAGCCACAUCAUUCCCGUCUGUGUUGCAGAUGCAGAGAAGAACACUCAAAUCUGUGACAUCAUGUUGUCUCGCUACCACGUCUACGUCCAAGCAAUCAACUACCCGACAGUGGCUAAAGGAACGGAGCUGCUGCGCAUCGCCCCCACACCACACCACACUCCGCAGAUGAUGAACUACUUUGUUGAACACCUGGUGAAGACGUGGGUGGAGGUGGGUUUGGAGCUGCUGCCGCACUCCUCAGCACAGUGUAACUUCUGUCGGCAGCCUCUUCACUUUGAGCUCAUGAGUGAGCGAGAGAAGUCCUAUUUCUCAGGCCUCAGUCACAUGAUAUCAGCCGUGGCCUGAUAUUAAUUUAAACCUUUAAUACUAUAUUUUUAUAUAAGCUAGACUGAUUUAUAAAAUGUUCUGCAUCACUAGUUUCUGUUUUCAGAAGAGGAAAUAUUGAUCUUAUUUACACAUCACCUAAUCAGUCAGCAUUAAACAAGCACUAAAUAAAUGACAUCUAAACAUAAAAAAAUGUCAUUGAUUACCUACUCCAUUAAGUUUGAUGAAGAGAGUAAUACAAAACAUUUCACUUUGACUUUUAUUUGUUUUCAAACCAUUUUAAACAUUAAUUUAAUUUAUCUGUUAUUUUCCUACUUUUAUUGGUUGUUAAAAUUCCAUAGUACUAGUAAGUAUCAUCAGGAGCAAUGGGUUUUAAUUGCUUUUUUAUGCAUCCUUACCAAAGCAACAACAACUCUUAAAGUAAAGGGCCAACAAUUAAUCAUUAAGGCAGAUAUGCUCUUAAUAAACAUCUAGCCCUACAUUAAUGGGUUUGAAAAUGUUUUUCUAAUCUCAUCUGAAUAAUUAAUCGAAACAUUUCAUGCUGGGGAAAAAUCUUUUAAAUGCGAAGCAACUGAAAGAAUAAAUGGGAUAUACAAUUUUUUAAUAAAUAUUCUUUCAUUUUCAGUCUUCAAAACACACACAAUCACUAUAAUGACAAUGAACUUCGUGUAUCUGGCACUUGUGGAAGAAGCAGUUCCAUGUAAUAUACAAUUGGUAACAAAAUGUGUUAA